AUGCUGUUCACUAGAAAUUUUACGAAAGAAUUAACAUUCACAUCAUGCGAACCCACGCAUGGUCAAGAUAGUCUAACAUUAUUUUAUUUUAAAUUGCAGGGUAACAUGGCAGUUAGUGCUGAUGUCACAAAAAUCACAUUAGAAGAAUCUGGUAGUAGACUUACAGAAAAUUGGUUUUACUAUCAUCCAUUUUUGAAAGAAUUUAUUACGAGUGGUUUAAGCGUCAGCAUUGCUAAUUUUGCAACUUUACCAAUUGACGUUCUCAAAGUCCGUUUACAAUUAGCAAAUUCUACAGUAACAUCCUCGAAAUCAGCCAUGAAGGCUGGUCUAAUAAAAACAGCUCAUACAAUAGCACGAAAAGAGGGUGUAAGAGCGUUUUAUUCUGGUUUAACACCUUCACUAAUGAGAGGUCUAUUUUAUGGAGGUGUCAGAUUGGGUUUUUAUGGACCAAUUAAAAAUAUGCUAAAAAGCUUACCGGGGAAUCAUAAUAGUCGAACAAUUUCAUUUUUUCGAAAUAUAACUGCCGGAUGUAUAUCUGGUUCAAUAGCUGCAAUUGCUUCUAAUCCUAUUGAUCUAGUAAAAACAAAACUACAACAAAAAAAUUCCCCAUAUCAUUCUUCGAUUCACGUUGUCAAAGAUGUCAUAAGAACACAUGGUGUGCACGGUCUAUGGGUGGGAACGACUCCCGCGGUAGUGAGAACAGCAGUAUUAACAGCGUCUCAAUGUGUUACAUACGAUCAUGCUAAAAGACUUUGGACAAACAUCACAGGGUGGGAGGACGGAAUAAAAAUUCAUUUAGGUGCUUCUUUAACCACCGGUCUAAUUACGACAACAGUGACUGCUCCUUUGGACAUGAUCAAGACCAAUAUGUUUGCAAUGGGAGAUCUUGGAGUCGUUGAAUGUACGGAACAACUGAUGCAUAAAGAAGGAUUUCGCGGAUUAUUGCGCGGCUGGUCAGCUCAAUACGUUAGACUUGGACCGCAGACAGUUGUUAUUUUUGUUGUUAUGGAACAACUUCGCAAAUUUUCUGGUCUAGCUUCUUUGUGA